AAGCUUCAUGGGUAUGACACUCUCUCGCCAGCCAAUCGCUCUUCGUCUUCUACAUUCUCAUCCUCUCUGUCUAUCUGUCUGUCUCUCUCUCGAAGCUGCAGGUAGUAAUGAAGCCGGGUUUUUGGUUGGCCAACUAUUUCCUGUCUGCAUUUAUUGGCGGGAAAUCUGACCUGUGACGUUUCACCCCCUCCCCUCCUCGCACGAGCCGCCCAUGACCACGAAAGUGAGCUCUUUCUCAUGCUCUGCUCUCGUCUCCUGAAGCUCUGCAUUUCAAAUCCUCUGUGCCCGCUGUCGUCGUCGUUGAGCGAUCAUGAAAGCACCUGAGCUUGAGCGCGAGCCUGCAAAUGACCCGGUUCGUGAUGAUCGGAUUCCGACGCUGCCGGAACCAACUAAGGAGCAGGAGAAGGAGAAGGAGAAGGAGAAGCCGAGCACUUCCUUCUUCGGCUUGUUUGUGGCUGCCGACAAGAUUGAUUGCGUUUUGAUGUUCUUCGGAAGCGCCGGUGCGUGCAUCCACGGUGCCGCGCUCCCUGUGUUCUUCGUUCUGUUUGGCCGGAUGAUCGAUUCUCUCGGCAAGCUGUCUUCCGAUCCCCACGGAUUGUCUUCGCGCGUUUCUGAGGAUGCUCUGUACCUCGUGUAUCUAGGAGUCAUCGUGUUCGCAUCGGCAUGGAUAGGUGUUGCAUUGUGGACGCAAACCGGGGAGAGGCAAACAGCUCGUUUGCGGCUUAAGUAUCUGCAGGCAGUUCUUAGGAAAGACAUCAACUUUUUUGAUACAGAAGCUAAGGACUGUAACAUUCUUCACCACAUUACAAGCGAUGCAAUACUAGUACAAGAUGCAAUCGGCGACAAGACAGGCCAUGCUCUGCGUUACCUUUCGCAAUUCAUCGUAGGAUUUGCUGUCGGAUUUACGUCGGUGUGGCAGCUCACGCUUCUGACCUUGGCUGUUGUUCCGUUGAUAGCAUUUGCCGGAGGAGCUUAUACUAUUAUCAUGUCUUCUCUAUCAGAGAAAGGUGAAGCUGCAUAUGCUGAAGCAGGGAAGGUUGCGGAAGAGGUUAUCUCGCAGAUUCGAACGGUAUACUCUUUUUGUAGGGAGGACAAAGCAGUCCAAGCAUAUUCUAAGUCACUUAAAGUUGCACUAAAACUGGGGAAGAAGAGCGGUUUUGCCAAAGGAAUGGGUGUCGGCUUUACAUAUGCUCUCUUAUUCUGUGCUUGGGCAUUGCUUCUGUGGUAUGCCAGCAUUCUCGUCCGGCACCACCAUACAAAUGGAGGGAAAGCAUUCACGACCAUCAUAAACGUUAUCUUUAGUGGUUUUGCGCUGGGUCAAGCUGCCCCAAACCUUGCUGCCAUUGCAAAAGGGCAGGCGGCUGUUGCCAACAUCAUUAGCAUGAUACAAACGGAUAAUAAGCCGUCUAAGGGAUCUGAUGAAGGAACGAAAUUGUCAGAAGUAGCUGGAGAAAUUGAAUUUCGUGAGGUCUGCUUUGCUUAUCCAUCCCGUCCCAACAUGGUAUUUGAGAAUUUGAGCUUCACCAUUGGGGCCGGAAAGAGCAUAGCGAUUGUUGGUCCGAGUGGUUCUGGAAAGAGUACCAUAAUCUCCUUGGUACAACGGUUCUAUGACCCAACUUCAGGCCAAAUUCUGCUUGACGGACAUGAUCUCAAGACUCUUCAACUAAAAUGGCUGAGAGAGCAAAUGGGAUUGGUUAGCCAAGAGCCAGCACUGUUUGCCACUACUAUAGCCGAUAACAUUCUAUUUGGUAAAGCAGAUGCUAAAACGGAGCAACUCGUAGAAGCUGCUAAAGCUUCAAAUGCACAUUCCUUCAUCCAAAAGCUUCCCGAUUGUUAUUACACUCAGGUGGGAGAGGGAGGAACCCAACUUUCUGGAGGACAGAAGCAGAGGAUUGCCAUUGCAAGAGCUGUGCUACGGAACCCAAAGAUACUACUUUUGGAUGAGGCGACCAGUGCCCUUGACGCAGAAUCGGAACUUGUUGUCCAAGAAGCACUUGACAGAAUAAUGACGAACAGGACAACAAUAAUCAUUGCACACCGCUUAUCCACAGUCCGAGAUGUUGAUUGUAUCGUUGUCCUGAACGGCCAGGUCGUUGAAAGUGGAAACCAUUCAGAGUUGUUAUAAGGAGGCGAGUACGCGACCCUUGUGAGCUUACAGUUAACUGAAAAUGACACUCAAUCGAGCUCACUAUGUCGCUCGGAUUCUUCUGCAAAUUCUAGCUUCCGAGGAAGUUUUAACAGUGAGCACAACACUGCCACAGAGGAUUUACCAAAACAUUCCCCCAACGGACACUGCUCCCUCGGUAUCAAUCUGGAGCUGUUAAAACUGAAUGCCCCUGAAUCCUUUGCAUUGCUCGGGUCGGUUGGUGCGGUCCUGGCAGGCAUGGAAGCUCCUCUAUUUGCGAUUGGGAUCACCCACAUCUUGUCUGCGUUUUAUUCACCUGAUGCUCAUCGUGCUAAGCAAGAGGUCGAUCGGAUUGCACUCUUAUUUGUCGGAGUAGCUGCUAUUACCAUGCCGAUUUACUUGAUACAGCAUUUCUUCUACACACUGAUGGGGGAGCGCCUCACAACCCGUGUUCGCUCAUUGAUGUUCUCAGCUAUCCUCACCAACGAGAUUGGGUGGUUUGAUUUGGAUGAGAAUAGCACCGGUUCCCUAACAACAAUUUUAGCAGCAGAUGCAACACUGGUGCGGAGUGCACUGGCCGACCGUCUAUCGACCAUUACGCAGAAUGUAGCACUCACAGUGACGGCAUUUGUCAUUGCCUUCAAAUUAAGCUGGCGGAUAGCAGCUGUUGUCAUUGCUUCCUUCCCUCUCCUUGUUGGAGCAUCAAUAACUGAGCAAUUAUUUCUUAAGGGAUUCGGAGGAGACUACAGCACUGCCUAUUCUCGGGCCACUUCAUUGGCACGUGAAGCAAUUGCAAACAUUCGCACCGUCGCUGCGUUUGGUGCUGAAGACCGGAUCUCAGAUCAGUUUGCUUCUGAAUUAGCCCAACCAAACCGGCAAGCACUUAUCCGAGGGCACAUAUCGGGGUUCGGCUUUGGCAUAUCACAGUUCUUUGCAUUCUGUUCCUACUCACUCGGCCUUUGGUAUGCUUCCGUUCUAAUCAAGCACAGGGAAUCCAACUUUGGAGACAUCAUCAAAUCCUUCAUGGUUUUGAUAGUUACUGCACUAGCCGUUGCAGAGACCCUGGCUCUCACGCCAGACAUUGUGAAGGGCAAGCAAGCGCUAGGGUCAGUUUUCCGUGUCCUCAAGAGGCAGACUGCCAUACAUCCUUACAGCCACAUGUCGAAAAUGGUGCUCACGGUCCGAGGAAAUAUAGAAUUCAGGAGCGUCAGUUUUAGGUAUCCGGCCAGGCCGGAUGUACGCAUCUUCGAAGAUUUGAAUUUGAAAGUUUCGGCGGGGAAGAGUCUUGCGGUGGUGGGACAAAGUGGGUCGGGAAAGAGUACGGUGAUCUCCCUAGUGAUGAGAUUUUAUGACCCCACCUCUGGAUCAGUUCUUAUAGAUGGCUGUGAUAUAAAAUCCCUGAACUUGAGACAGCUAAGGUUAAGGAUAGGUUUGGUCCAGCAGGAACCGGCAUUAUUCGCCACGACGAUAUAUGAGAACAUAAAGUACGGAAAUUCAGAAGCUUCGGAAAUAGAGGUGAUGGAAGCGGCCAAAGCGGCGAAUGCCCAUGAGUUUAUCAGCACGAUGCCGGAAGGGUACCAAACAAACGUCGGCAAUAGGGGAGUGCAAUUGUCGGGAGGACAGAAGCAGAGGGUGGCCAUAGCAAGGGCAAUCCUGAAGGACCCUUCAAUCCUCCUCCUGGACGAAGCGACGAGUGCUUUGGACACGUCGUCGGAGAAGUUGGUCCAAGACGCUCUUGAUAAGCUCAUGAAAGGCCGGACGACGAUCUUAGUGGCGCACAGGCUGACGACCAUCCGAGACGCCAAUAGAAUCGCCGUGCUGCAAAAUGGCAGGGUAGCAGAAAUAGGCCGUCACGACCAGCUCAUUGCGAAACCCAGUGGACCCUACAAGAAAUUGGUCAGCCUGCAACAGGAGGAGAAGAACCUGGAAGCAAUUUCUUAGCCAGCAUGUGGCGAGGCAACGAUUAUCGAGUUAUUGAAGCCUAACAGAUAAGAUAGUAGCCAAAACCUACUGGUGAGCUUGAAUACGUCUCUCAUUAAGAAUUGUUUAGCCUCUGAGUAGAAGUCCUGAGUAAUUUGUCCAGGGCAUAAGAAGAUGCAUGCACAGGUCAAAAAACCUGAUUACAUUAUAGCUUUAUUGGCAGUGUAAUUGGUUAAGUAAUUUUCUUGAUUUGUUCAAUAAAACUCAAAAGCAUAUCGCUUUUUAUACGCUA